AUGAGUGCUGCAAAGGUUGAAGAGGCUUCCAUGGGCAUGCUGAAGACAGACCUCACUGCCCCAGACUGCCUCCAGGAGGGAGAAAUGGGUAAAAAACUCCAAGCAAAAUGUCUCAGAAUCAUCUCCGCUGCAUCUUGUGUUAAACUUUACUGCUGCUAUGGAGUGAUCAUGGUCCUUACUGUAGCUGUAGUUGCUCUUUCUGUUGCUUUGUCAGUGAAAAGAAAAAAACCAAUCAUGGAGAGCUGUGAACCUUGCUAUGCUGUAUGCCCAAGUGGCUGGAUUGGAUUUGGAAAUAAAUGCUUUUAUUUUUCUGAAGACAUGGGAAACUGGACAUUCAGCCAGUCCUCCUGCAUGGCACUAGAUGCCCAUCUAGCUCUAUUUGACAGCUUGGAGGAACUGAAUUUUCUGAAGAGAUACAAGGGGGAUUCUGACCACUGGAUUGGCCUACACAGAGAGUCUACAGAACACCCUUGGAUAUGGACAGACAACACUGAGUAUAACAACUUGGUUCUCACCCGAGGAGGAGGAGAAUGUGCCUACUUGAGUAACAGGGGGAUCUACAACAGUAGUGGGUAUAUACAUAAAAAAUGGAUUUGUAACAAGCCCAACAGCUACACCUUACAGUGCCCACUAAUUGUAAAUCCCGGAUAG